UUUCUACGUUAGCUGAGGCGCGCCGACGACCAAAAUUCGGGAGACCACUGCAGUGCGUUACGCCGUGUCAACUAUCAUCGACAGAGGAUCGUGUUCUGAAAUAAGGAAUGCAAGUUGUGGCUAGGAUUUUACCGUGUGUGUUGUUUUUUUUUCCUUCUGGUGAUGUGCUGUUUUUUCAAAUGAUCUAACGUUAAACUUAAGCAAGUGUGUAGGAGUACGUUUAAAGAUGAUAUUGGUGUGACUAAUGAGUGAAAGUUCGCGUUGUUUCUUUCUCUUCGUAAACAGAAACAGACCUUUUUUUUUUUUUUGGCGCCUACAAGCAUGUUUGUUUGUGUUCCUUCUUCAAUGUUAAUCGUCGCAUAAGUAGUCCUGGCGUUCGCAAUGGCGACACAUGCAGGAUACUCUCCCGUGAGAUCCGAGGACUUGGCCACCAGGGAAGCUGCGAUCACUGCCACCGUAUCACCCGUUUCUGGCAGCAACGAUUCUACAAAAUCUAAGAAGUGCUGUUGCAUCGGCUUUGGGCCGUUGACGGUGCUCAUCCUGGUGUUGGUCAUCGUUUUCUUACUCGGAGUGUGUUUAGGAUUCUACGUGCGAGAGUCCCAGGUGGGGCGGCCAGACUUGAAUGAAGUCUGCAAGAACUACAAGCGAGACGAUGACUGGGAUAAUUACCAAUUUGGAACUUUUCACGAGACUUUGGUUUAUUCGAUCAGAGGCGAGAACAUGACGGAGUUUGUGGAGUAAGUACUACUCACUAGAUUACAAUAGACCCAGGGACGCCUUUUCUAUCUCCCCCCCUUCCCCCACUGAAUGCUGGACUUCGACUUUAAACACCUAUACUCCGAGGGUCAGUCAUACCAGUCAUGGUUCAAUAUGAAUAUUACUAGUAUAAAAAAAAAUAUUGUUAACACAUUUUUGACUAUUGAAUAAUAAUAUUGGUAACAAACUAUUUCAAAUUUUUUCAUCAAAAAUAAUUAUUAUAUCCUAAUCAUGUCAUUACUCAAAGAUUUAAUUUUAGUAAGCUUGUAAUUUUUAUUUCUGUUUUAAUUCUUAAAAUUCGUUGAUAGAUCGAGGGGUGGGGAGACUUGAUGAUUAAAACAUGUGUGACACCAUACAAGAGGUUUUGUGUUCAAUUCCACGCUAAAUAAUAACGAUUUUUUUCUUUAAAAAAAUAAAACAAAAAUUUUACCCCUGCCCCCACCCCUCCCAAUUAGAAUAAUAAUAUUGAGUAUUAUAUUUUUUCUGUCCCAUAUUAGUUUUGUUACCUGGAAAAUUUCAAGUGCCAAAUUAUUUAAGGGUAUAAUUUAGCUGUUCAUAUGUGUUAAUCAUAUUAUGCCUGUAUAGCCUGUGGACUUAAAUUCUAAUGUAGGCCCCAGCUUUUAAUGUAUUAAAAAGACUUGAUUUUCCUGGGUUCAACCAUGUUAAAAAUAAACACUGGCAACGGUGUGCCUUUUAUAUUCCGAUAAAUAUAAUGCCCAGAUUAUAAAUUACCCCAAGUGUGCUCCCAAGUGUGCUCCCAAGUGUGCUCUCUUGUGUAUGAAUGACCUUCUGUCAAAUCUUUAUCGAUCAAAUCUAUGGCUAGACUACCCAAAGUUCAAACUAAUUAUAAAAGUACAAUAAUCUCUCCCGUAUGCUAAUAUUUAAUUUACGUUCUUAAUGUCAUAUCGCAUUCGAUUAAUUCCGAAUACAAAAUAAAAAUUGAAAACAUAUCAGGACUUUCGGCAUUUAUUUUAGGGUUUGACCCACAGAACCUUUAGAUUUUUCGUACUGGUUUAAACUAGCCACCGAUUCAUGAAAUUCAAAAAAUUUAAAAGUUGCAUUAUUUGAUUGAAGAUCGUCGAAAUAAAAUCUGGGGAGAACUUGGUACAAACUUAAUUUCUGCUCAAAGAAGAAUUCAUUAUUCAAAAUUUGGUAAUUACCAAGUCAAAGGUUUAAAAAUGACCCCACCUUAGCAGUGGAGGGAAUCCAAAUGUUAUUUUUUUUAAAGGCUGCAAUUUAAGCGUCUUUUAAUUAUCGCUGUUUAUGAUUAUGGUUGCGGAAUCGAAAGUAUUCGCUGACUCAAUGUCACUGACGUAAGAAUUCUGUUUUAAAAGGGAAACCCACGAUAAGAUCUAGGCCUAUAUUGCAAUGUACGUUUUCUCUGAUAAGAAAUGUUGCAUGCCUCCUGCUUCUACCAAAUUUGACAGUUUCCUUGUCUUCCGGUUAACAAAGGUGGGGGUGAGUUUGUUUGUUUUUUUAAAUAUACAUUUCAAUACGUAUCAACUAAAUUAAGAAACUUUUCAUGCCCCUCUCCCCCCCCCCCCCCCCACCCCACACAAUUUUUCAUGACCAAAUCAGGUGACAUGCCUGCAUGCAUAAUUCAUCGGAAAUUCCUGCUCUAAUGACAAAACCUUCCCCAAAUGCUUACUGCCGACUGGCACGAGAGGCUAAAAUUAACUAAUCGAGUCGGGGGGCUACAGCCCGGUAGCUACUGGGUCGCCGCCUACCACCGCUAAACAAACUUACUAUUUGGAUUAGCGCCGCUCAUUGCUUACACACGAACCCACACCGGUGUUGGCACAUACCAAUGUAAGAGGCCAUGCUCUAAGGGACGCAAACGCCUGUCACUGUUGAUCGAUAAGUAGUACUUCUCCGGCACAACGAUUCAAAAGACUAAGGCCGUUCUAAAGUGGGCAUUGCAACCACUUCUUUUUUUUUUUUUUAAAUAAUAAUCUUGAAAAUCCAUUGGUCUAGCUAGGGUUAACGGCGCCCAGGGCGGUGAAAGAUUUUAACGCCCCCGCUCCAUCGUUUUUUUCAGGGAAAAAAGUAUGCAGUUGACCGAAAUUGCCGCCACUCAAUAUAUAUAUAUUUAUAUAUAUGUAUAUGAAUAAAUAUAUAUAUAUAAACUGGUACCCGGGUGUCCACACCUUUUCUUUUCUUCUUCUUAUUAUUAGUGGUCUUAUACAGCGCGCCGUACUCCAGCCUAGGGCUGGUCUCACCGCGCUGUACCUAAAAAAUAUUAGCAAAAGAGACAUCAUCGUGGCAUUAAAAAUAAUAUACAAUUACGUCAUAAAGAACAGCUUUAUAGCAACAAAACAAAAAAAAAAAUGUAUAUUCACCCCACCCUUCGACACUGGAGCAGAAUAUUGGAUCUAUUAUUAAACCUCAUCUGCUUGAUUUGUUAUACUUUUUUUUUUCUUUUUUCCUGGCACCCGUCCGUCACAAUGUGACGAUGGUGAAGACUUUGCAGGGCGAAAUCCACAAGGCCUGGGUAUUCUUCCUCUAGGAUAAUAAGCUGAUUCCCAACAGCAAAUCGCCUCUCUCCACGCCGCUGGAUAACCCAAAUAAGCAUCAUGUGGAUGAUAUAGCUUGGCACCAGUGGCGUCGCAGGAGUUGUUUCGGAAUGUUUCAUUGUACCAAUCUUAUCCUCCUACGGGGACUCCAUCUCCGUGCGUUUGAAUUCAGAGUUUGCCUCCUCUUAGAUGAGUCGCCAUCCAAGGUUAACGAGGCCUACCCACCCGUGGGGGGGGGGUGCUGGUGGUGUUUUGUCUUGACUGUCAUACGUCAGGAAAGUGUAUACAAAUAACACGUAUUUCCUCCCCAACAACGCAUCGUUCCACAGCAGCCAUUGAACAGUAGCAACGAGAACAGUUUGUUAUUUCGUAACACGCUAUAAGUUGGUUUUUUUCCUCUAGUGCCGAACAGAUAAAAAAAGGGGGGUUGGGGGGGGGGGAAUUACACGUUUUUCUGUUUAACUGUAUUUAUGGAAUGAGUGUGUUCGUCGCUUCACGGUGCAAACGGCCCCCAGUGCACGAGGCGUGCUCAAACACAAGCCAUACAUUCUUGGAAUGGUCAACCUGCUUUAUGCGAGCGGUUAGAGCAAUGAGACAUUACCACCGGCAAAGUGAUUCGCACUGGAGGUUGACUCCUACUUGAAAUUAACCCUCUAUAACGCGAAUUCGGCUAAAACUCGGUGGCGCCAUUUGGUAUAUUCAUUAGCGGAUCAUUAUUUUUUUUUUUUUCAAAAUACGUGAAAAAGAUUGUAAAAAAUAAUAUAUUAUAUUCUCGUACAACAUGAAAAGAAAUAUUUGUUUAAAAAAAAAAAAACUAGUCCCACUGCAACACCACAUAGCACACACUUACCUGAAGAAUUUUUUUUUAAAAAUCCGGUAAAAAAAAAAAACUAGUCCCACUGCAACACCACAUAGCACACACUUACCUGAAAAAUUUUUUUUUAAAAAUCCGGUUUUUUAAUGUUUAAAAAAAAAAAAAAGAAAUCCCAAAUUCGUACGGAAUAUUGUAAAACCCCGCUACAAAGCGACCCCGCAAUUAACGCGAACUGAUUUUAUGGACACCCGCCCCGCCCCCACUUUUCCCCAUUACUACGUUAUAGCUGGGUUCCACUGUGUAUAGCCGUGUUGCUUGGUUGUUAGGGGGGUAAGGUGAACAUUUUAUUUUCCAUUUAUUUUUCCCAUAAAACAUUUUUUUAAAAUUUUGCCGAUGAAGGUUUUUGGCCGAUACAUCACUUGUUCAUUGAACCUUUACAAAAAUACUUCAACAUAUCGUGCAGACUCACAUAGGCCAUGCGUAUUUUCAGCUGAUAGGAACCUCUUCCCCUCAUAAUAUCCUUAUUUAUCUUUGCCGUUAAAAUUGCAUUUUUUAGUCGAAGGAGGCUUUUGACCGAUACAUUUUCUUGAUCAUUGCGCCUUUUUAAAAAAAAAUGUUUUCACAUGUCGUGUAGCCUCACGUACGCUUAUCUUCAGCUUGAAAGCAGCCUCUUCGUCUCAUAUUCUCUUUAAAAGAAAGUUGUAAACAACCAUCAGAAGAAUUCCCAGGCAUUGCAACUUCGGUUCCCAUAAAAAAGUAUUUUAAAACAAAAAAAACUAAAAAAAACCCAACAAAAUCCCGUCACAGCAAAUACACUGUAGACUGUAUAUUUAUAAAGUUAAACAAUAACUUUCCCCCAAGCAUGUUCGGUCGUCCCACAUUUCCAGCCCCCCCCCCCCACACACACACAUUUUCAGCCCCCCCCCUCCCCACUCCAUCAGACGGCGCCCCGCAAAUUGACACUUGUCUUGCGUCAACAUUAAAUGGGACGAACUAAAAGCCUUGUGAUGAUGGCUCUAGGCAAGACGGGCCUCCAUCUGAAACACAUGAUUAGCCUCACGCUUGGCUAGGUCUGCGCUUAUCAGGACCACAUGGGGGGACAUCUAAAAGGUGCCCUUUUAUACGGUGUGGUAACCGCCCGCCUUAGGACGAAAGGAUCUCACAUUUUUGUUUUUUCCCCCCUCCCCCCAGGAAAAGUGAUUCUGGCACAAAGUGUGACAUAGCCAAGUUUUCGAGCGAGGCUUACAGUUUUCCCCCUUUUGAAACGAGGAGGAACGCACUCAUGUGGCUUGCACUUCUAGUGGCUUGCAAUUCUUGUGGCUUGCACUUCUAGUGGCUUGCACUUCUUGUGGCUUGCAUUUCUUGUGGCUUAAACUUCUAGUGGCUGCACUUCUUGUGGCUUGCACUUCUUGUGGCUUGCACUUCUUGUGGCUUGCACUUCUAGUGGCUUGCACUUCUUGUGGCUUGCAUUUUUCUAGUGGCUUGCAUUUUUCUAGUGGCUUGCAUUUUUCUUGUGGCUUGCAUUUUUCUUGUGGCUUGCAUUUUCUUGUGGCUUGCAUUUUUCUAGUGGCUUGCACUUCUUGUGGCUUGCGCUUCUAGUGGCUUGCACUUCUAGUGGCUUGCACUUCUUGUGGCUUGCGCUUCUUGCGGCUUGCGCUUCUUGCGGCUUGCGCUUCUUGCGGCUUGCACUUCUAGUGGCUUGUACUUCUAGUGGCUUGCGCUUCUAGUGGCUUGCGCUUCUAGUGGCUUGCACUUCUUGCGGCUUGCACUUCUAGUGGCUUGCACUUCUAGUGGCUUGCACUUAUAGUGGCUUGCAUUUCUAGUGGCUUGCACUUCUAGUGGCUUGCACUUCUUGUGGCUUGCACUUAAAUAUUUUUGGAGUUCACGGUGUACCGCUGAUUCGCCGCCUUUGAUUGGUGGUCCUAGCAUUGCGUGUCUUUUCGAAUAACAAGGUGUAACUUUAAAAAAAAUUUUUAAACCAGAUUGUUUGUGCAACAACUUAAAAGAGGUUUGGCGGGAUAUCAGUGUAAACAAGACUCGUCCGGCCCAUGGCGCCAUCUUGUGUCACAGCCGAAACAGAAAAAAAAAGUUUUCUUCCUAUUUUAGUCUGGUGCUGACGUAGGUAAACACAUCAGAAACGUUACGUAGUUCACGAAUUCAAUUAUUUCAUCGUUUGUCGUCGUUUUGAUAAGCUCUACGUACCAUCUACCCCCUAACCCCCCCCCCCCCCCCCCCCCCCCCCCCCCCCCCCCCCCCCCCCCCCCCCCCCCCCCAGGUUCAACCGCACUACAUCGAUCCAGCCAACCCAAAGUUAAGUUACAGCGGAAAAUAACGCCUUCAUUAUUUAUCUUGGAUGGGUUGCCGGGGGGGGGGGAGGGGGGGGAGGAGAUUGACAUCUGGAUAAGAGGAUCAUCACAGACGUGUGAACGGUUUUUUGUGUCAACAAGAGAACACGCGAAUCAACACCGUGGAACGACCUAAGAGGGGCUAAGGCGUCCAACCAUUUGGUGUACGAAAGAUAGUGUCAUAUGGGUGGCAGAUUGCGUGCCAUUGUGUAACUGUUUAGCUAUGGAGACAAUGAAUGGGUGAGUCUAAGGCCAAAUGUGUACACAUGUUUAGAUAUGGAGACAGUGAAUGGGUGAGUCUAAGUGUGUACACUGUUUAGAUAUGGAGACAAUGAAUGGGUGUGUCUAAAACUAAGUGUGUACACUCAGUAUACUGUUUAUAUAUUGAGACCAUGGUGGGUGAGUUUACGUGUAAAUUGGCAGACAUUGGGUUGGCAGAAUUUCACUUAAUCAUACAUUAUAUUAGGAAUUCGUAUAUGUUAACAAAAGAAAAGUAGAACAACAUAUGUCUCCACUGGUCAAGUAAGCUGGUUAUUGACAAGAUUCACAGCUGCUGUGGAUAUCCCCCCCCCCCCACAUCAUCCAUCCAUCCAUCCAUCCAUCUAAGCCUUGGUCUGCCUUUGAGCCGUUUUCCUCGUGGUUUCUUUUUUGUGGUGCUCCCUCUUCACCCCGUCUGUCAUUUGACAUUCUUUCUAAGUGUCCCACCCAGCGCAGACUGCAUGCCCCAAACUCAAAGUAGACUGGCAAUGCAAUGAAGGUCACACCAGGGUGUUGGAGAUUGAUGUCUCGCGUCGAAGUUGUAUUCAAUAAUUUUAGUUACCAAAAUUGUAAAAUAUAAAAUUUAAAAAAAAAAAAUAAUAAAUUUUUUUUUUUUUAAAUAUGUAUGUUGAUUUGCAAUUGUGGACUAUUUAUACUUCACCCUGGAGUCUGGAAUGUUGUGGACUUAAUCUUAUACUUUUAUCUUGGCAGUCCUAGUCCUAGUUCAAAUGCAAUCUUGAGUCCUUGAUAUUAUAUUCAUGGGACAAAACUCAUUAAUGCUUACCUUAUUCUUAUGGUGGCCAUGUCACCAACAUUUUCCCUUAAUUUUUUUUCUAUUACUUCCCGCGUUUAAGUUUUUAGUUUUUCAAGUUCUUUUAGUUUUAAGCUUUAAGUUUUCAAGUUCUUUUAGUUUUAAGCUUUAAGUUUUCAAGUUCUUUUAGUUUUAAGCUUUAAGUUUUCAAGUUCUUUUAGUUUUAAGCUUUAAGUUUUCAAGUUCUUUUAGUUUUAAGCUUUAAGUUUUCAAGUUCUUUUAGUUUUAAGCUUUAAGUUUUCAAGUUCUUUUAGUUUUAAGCUUUAAGUUUUCAAGUUCUUUUAGUUUUAAGCUUUAAGUUUUCAAGUUCUUUUAGUUUUAAGCUUUAAGUUUUCAAGUUCUUUUAGUUUUAAGCUUUAAGUUUUCAAGUUCUUUUAGUUUUAAGCUUUAAGUUUUCAAGUUUUUUUAGUUUUAAGCUUUAAGUUUUCAAGUUUUUUAGUUUUAAGCUUUAAGUUUUCAAGUUUUUUUAGUUUUAAGCUUUAAGUUUUCAAGUUUUUUAGUUUUAAGCUUUAAGUUUUCAAGUUUUUUUAGUUUUAAGCUUUAAGUUUUCAAGUUUUUUAGUUUUAAGCUUUAAGUUUUCAAGUUUUUUUAGUUUUAAGCUUUAAGUUUUCAAGUUUUUUAGUUUUAAGCUUUAAGUUUUCAAGUUUUUUUAGUUUUAAGCUUUAAGUUUUCAAGUUUUUAAGCUUUCAAGUUUUUUUUAGUUUUAAGCUUUAAGUUUUCAAGUUCUUUUAGUUUUAAGCUUUAAGUUUUCAAGUUCUUUUAGUUUUAAGCUUUAAGUUUUCAAGUUUUUAAGUUUUCAAGUCUUCAAGUUUUAAGCUUUAAGUUUUAUAAGUUUUAGGUUUUAAGUAUUGAGUUUUUAAGUUUUAAGGACAGACGCCCUCAGAUAAAAGCGACAUCAAAUUUAUUUUCGUGUCUGUCGUCUUCACAUCGCGGCCCUUAUCAACAUUGUCAGCGAUAUUUUCCUUAUCAGCAGUAAUUGUAUCACAAAUACACUAUUACUGUCUGUGCACGCCUCCCAGGGUAACGAUAGCAUAGAGAAGCCGUGUGUGGGAGGGCUGUAGGACAAAAAAUCAUCUUCAUAAUAAUAGAUAGAUCGCAAUCAAUAACGAAAGUAACCUUAAAGUUUCUAAAUUAUCUGCCUAGGAGCGCUCACCCACCCAGUGGCGCUCACCCACCCAGUGGCGCUCACCCACCCAGUGGCGUAUCUAGGGCUAGCGCCGCACAGGGCGGGCCGAGAUUUUGCCGUCACCCAUCCACGAAAAAAAAUAAAUAAAUUGUUCGUUUGCCGAAAAUUCCAGCCCUUAGUGUAAAGAAAAAAAGUGCCAUCCGGGGUGGAUCACCUCCUCCACACAGCCCUUUCCGAAGCUACUGCACCCACCACUUGUUCUGAGAUGUUACUGUUAUGUCGGGGGGGGGGGGGGGGGGGGGGGGGGGGGGGCUGGGACUAUAUCUGGAUUGGUGGGACAGUCAAUAAAUGAGUACAUAUAUCGUAAAGUUAAAUAUUCGAUAUAUAUAUAUAUAUAUAUAUAUAUAUACACAUACAUAUACAUACAUACAUACAUACAUACAUAUAUACAUAGAUAUAUACUGUGCUGGCCUUGCAGUUAGAUUAUAGCAUAGGAAAAAAAAACUUAGAGAUAGGCGCACGUGAUCUACGAUCUACCUUAUACAGCAGUGGUUCUCAACCUUCCUAACGCCGCGGCCCUUUAAUACAGUUCCUCAUGUUGUGACGACCCACAACCAUAAAAUGUUCUUCUUUGCUACUUCGUAAGUAUGUUUUCCGAUGGUCUUAGGCGACCCCUGUGUAAGGCCGUUCGACCCCCUUCCCCCCCCCCCUCCCCAAGGGGUAGCGACCCACAGGUUGAGAACCGCUGGUCUACAGUAACGUUUCAGUACUUUCAAACCUAGUUCAAAUUAAGCUGUCGUGCUAAAGUCAGAGCUGUAUCGUGUCGUCCUGUUAAGGUCUCAUGUCAUGUCACUCGUUGUCACAGCGGUAUCAGUCAUGUUUCUGUCAAAGCCGCAAUCACCAUUUUCCUGUCACAGCUGUGUGUAGUAGUCACGGGUCAUGACAAAGCUGCAGCGUGCAGUCCUGCAUGCGUGUGUGUGUCUGUGUUGUCAAUGUCCCGGUCCCAGUCAGGGUGACCUGCGGUACAUGCUGGUGUCGGGUUUGAUUUAUACGAUGGCGGGCCCUAGCCGUCAGUCCGGUCCCUGGUAGGGAACGGAGAAUUAAACUAUAUGGUACUUAGGGUUAGCGAUAGGGCGGUAUUCAAGCAGUCGAGAACUGGAGGGUCGGUGCGCCAAGUCGCCGGUACGAAAUGUGGGGAGAAAUACUCAAUGGCAGCAGACAUGUAAUGUAAGGAAAAUAUUUAUGUCCUCGAGGGGGGUCGUAGAUACAGAAAGUGAGGAAAAUUUUAGGGGCAGGGUCGUAGGUCUAAACGCUGUAGUGGGUCAGCAGGGCGUGGUGGGUUUGAACCCCAUUAGGAAUUAAUAGUAAAAUACGACUUUAAGAAUAUGUAUUAUAAAAUGAUAGAGGAAUAAUAAUAGAAAUGAAUGAUAGCAGGUGACUGCUCGUAGUCUGAUCCCACUUCUUAAAUGGCGUUGGGGCAGGUGUUGACCAUUUCCUUUGUAUGUCAUGGUUCUAUUUUUAACCGACUCGCACAAGCGAUGCUAUUUGACUUGAACCUUAAUUGUAUUUAAAGUCGUGACCUGCGUCCAUUUCCAGGAGAAAAGCAAAUAAUGGCCGGAGGGUGCUGUGUUUUGUUUCUUGUGGUAGAAAUAGGACGUUAAGCCGUGACAGGGUGAAUAACUGCAUACUGAUUGUUUUCUCGGUUAUCGUUCAUACAAAGAAAAGGAGAGAAGAAAAAAAAAAAGGAGGGGGGCUGUUAAGUGGAACUUGUGCACAUCCUGUUAGUUCCCGAGCGACCAAAGGAACGGACGUCCAGAUUGAGAGGCUGGUUGAGGGACGGGGGAGAUGAUGGGACGACUCCCGACUGUGGACUGUGAGGGACAGGUGCACCACAAGCACGGAGAUCACAUUCAUAUAAUUCACAAAUACAGGUGCAACCAAAAUCAUCUUGUCACCGGUUCACACUUUUUCUAUAAUGAGGGGCGACAUUUUCAAGAGGCUUCGGCCCAGUCGCCACUUGGAAAAGCCCUGAUCACAAGUCCUUCCCACAUAAAAAAAAAUGUAUAUUAAGAAAUUAUGCAUGCUUUUCUUAUAUUUUAACCAUACAUAUUAGUAUUAUAUUAUGCCGAUAAAUCCUAUUAAAAUAAAAUUUUAAAACAUUUUUAAAAGACUUUAAAGAAGUAUAAAAUAAUAAUGAAGGGAAGAAACACAAAAAAAAAAAAAAAAAAAAAAAAAAAAAAAUUAAAAAAAAAAGAAAAAAAAAAAAAAAAAAAAAAAAAAAAAAAAAAAAAAACAAAAAAAAAAAAAAAAAAAUAAAAUAAAAAUUUAAAAAAAUUUAAAAAAAAAUUAAAAAAAAAAAAAAAAAAAAAAAAAGGAAAAAAAAAAAAAAAAAAAAAAAAAAAAAAAAAAGAAUGAAUUUAUAAGAUAUGUCUAUAAAUAAAAAAAAAAAAUUAGAAAAUAAGUCACGCCUCAAACAAUUUAAUUGAUAGGGUAAAAUUUUAGACUAAAAAUAACUACAGUCCAUGGAAGUUUUGUUUCAGUCACAUAAAAUAACACAUUUUAGAUGCCCUGGGUGUGGGAGUGGGGAUCCAAAUUUUGCCAGAUUUUCACAUGCCAGAGUGGAGAAUAAAAAAAAAAAACUUGUUAAAUAAUGUCAGAUUAAUUAUAAUUUUUUUGUAAUUUUAACUUAUGAACUAUAAAUAACCUGCCCACCAGUGGCGGCAGAAAUGCGUGAACUUUUCGAUAUCAUCUACUAAAAUUACUUUAUGAAACAUGAAUUCAUCCAACACAUUUUAUAGUAGCCUACUAACUGCUGGGAAUUUUAUUUUGUGAGCCUAUUGAACAGAGUGUUAUAGCCAUACAUACAAACAUACAUAGACAAUUAUUAUUUCUGUUUUAUUUAAAAUUAUAAUUCCAUUUCACAGCAAGUUUGGCAUAGAAGAACCAGCUUCGAGUAGUGAAUUUGAAAGAGAGCUGGCAGACGAAAUAGCUCAGCAAUUCAACAAGUACAAGUGAGUUGAAAGUACUUACUUUUUAGACAUUGUUUUUUAUUAUUUACUUUGCACUAAAAAAAAAAUAUACAUCUGAAUGGACAGUGGUAAAUGACAAUGUCCCACUGGAGACUAAACUACAAUGACUACAGUUACAGACACUGUUCAAUCAAUGGCAGAACUUAAAUUAAUAAAAUAUAUUAUAUAAUAUAGUUUUUUGGGUACAAUACUUAAUACUUUGGAGCUUGAGCUUGUUAACGCUAAGGUGGGACUGGUAGUCAAAAUGCUAAAAGAUAAAAUUCAUAACUAAGUAAGAACUCAUCUGAAUCAGACCGUUAAAGCAAAAGAAAAAAAAAAGAAGAAAAAAAAACAAAAAAAACACACAACAAAAAAAAACAAAAACAAAUGGGACAAAUUAAAUAUUUUUAAACAUGUUUAGAGUAAUGACAAGAUACAGUAAAAUUGUACUUUUUAAAAUUCAUAAUGUUAAAUUUGGUAUCCCAAGAACAUUAUCAUUGACAUUUGCUUAAGGAAAAUUGAGGGUUAUCUGAAAUUGAAGUUCCAUGCACAUUAACGUAAAUUUAAAUGUUUCAGAUUUGAUAGCGUUGAUGUGGUAGAAUAUGACAUUGUCAUCACAUCAGCUGACCCUCAGCGCCCAAACCGCCUGGAAGUGUUGUAUCAUAAUGGCACUCAAAAGCAGAGCAUUGCACUUACUGCCAGGAAUACAAAUUCUAAUAACAGAACUAGGAAUGGUAGAUCAGAUCCCUCUGAGUGGACGCAUCCAUUUGUGGCAUUUUCUCCAUCAGGACAAGUUGAAGUAAGCUUGUUUUUUGUUCAGGAUUGAUAAAUCCUUUUGGUCAGGCAUUACCUAACCUGCAAAAUGUCCUAAUUAACAAUCAAUGUAAAAAAAAAAAAAUUAUAGAGUAAGCCGUUUGCUUUGGCUCUUGUAUAAUUAUGGGAACACCAAAAUGGUUAAUUGUGGUUUAAGUUAUAAAAAAGGAAAUUUUUAUCGGAGGGGAUGGGCGGGAGACAUGCAGGCUGUGAAGUUUUAUCUGCUAAUUAUAUUACUUUAUUGUAUUGCAAUGAAAUAAAAUUUAAUGGUAAUUUAUUUAAAACUUACUGUGAUUUAUUCUAAUACCGUCACAGAAGAUUUAAAGGAAUUAAAAUGCUUUAAUUUGUAGUAUAUAAUAAAUGUUCAUAUUAUUUUGUUCUAAGGGGCAUCUUGUUUAUGGGCACUAUGGUCAAGUGACGGAUUUCCAGGUUUUACAAGCUUCUAAUGUGGAAGUUAAAGGAAAGAUAGUUUUGCUCAGGCUGGGGAAAAUACCUGUUGCCAAUAAGGUAUGUUAUUGAGUUUAAUACUAUAAUUAGAUUUAUUUGAACUGAUAACAUAUUUAAAAUAUAAUUUUAUUAACACAAACAAAAUAUUUUAACCUUGUAUCUGAUACUUUAUUUAUUAAAAUUUAAAAAUAAAAAAAGCAAAAGCAAAAGUGGGCCCUUAAUAUAUAGAAGAAGAAGAAGCCUCAAACUUCUCUCAUCGACUGCUGAUGCCGCCCUUUUACGUUAACGUAGCGUUUAACUAUAUUUUUACUUUCAAUUUUACAUUUAACUAUUUAACACAUUUUUUUUAUUGUAAAAAAUGUGGGUAAUGCGGACAGAGCUAUGUCAAACAGGACAUACAUUUUUAUUAAUCAAGGUGAAAUGUGUGAUGCCCCAUGGAGUAAAAUGUGGAAAUGAUUGGGACACGAUAAAUGGCAUGGUGUGAAAUGACAAAAAAGGAUCUAAAAAUGAAAGAUAUAAAAAUUCUACAAGAUGAUGGCUUUCUCCCAUCUGACUUUUCCAAUACUUUAUUUAAUUGAAUUAUUUUCAUGCCUAAAGAAAUCUUAGUUUUCUGGUUUAAGUUUAAUUAAUUUAUGUUGUUCUUUUCUUGGAGGAAGGGUAGGCCUAUUGAAUAUCCAAAAUAUUAUUACCUUUAAAAAAUUUUUAAUUGAUUUAAAAAUUGUUGCAUAAAUUUACAAGCUUUUCUUCAACUAGAUCAAGAAUGUUGAAGCACAUGGUGGUAAAGGUGUACUGCUUUACUGGGAACCUUGGGAUGCUGAAAAUUCUUUGAUUGAUGGUUACAGUCGGAGUUAUAUCCCUUAUGCAUCUGCAGCUAUGUUCUCAACUGGUAUGGUUUUUGAGUUGUCUGUGUUAUAUCCAACCUUUGGAAAUUAUUUUGUCAAUUUUUUCCAGUGUGCUAAGUUAUUUCUUUUUUUGGUAGAUUGGUCAUCUUCAUAAUUUAUAAAUAUUAUGAAUCCAAACUGAUGUACAGGAUUUAAUUUAUGUCUUAAAAACAGAAAAAACUAAUUUUCCGCAUCAGGAAUCAAUUUGUGUAAUAUUGCAUCCAUGAUUUAAAGGGUUUGAAUGGUGGAAGAGAUUGGGAUGUAAGAAAGAUGUAAUUUUUUUUUAGAGAUUUAGAAAGAAAGAGAAACUGCUCAGCUUCAAAAUAUAUGGUUUUAAACUAUAAAAUGGUUAAUGCCGAAUAAUUUUUAUUGUGUAUACAUUUUAAAAUUAUUCAAAUAAAACGGAGAGGCUAAAAACAGUUAAUCCUCAAAAUAAAUUUGAUACAGAAAACACUAAGCAAAUUAUAACGGAAGAAUUCUGCACCAUAAAUUUACAUGGCUGUUCUAUUUCAGAUCUAAGAAUUACAAAGUUUGUCAAACCCCUGACAGUGUGUAUUUCAUGUAAUCACAAUGCUUGUGCAUGUCACAUUGGUAGAAAAACCCUGUAGUAUCAGAAAAAUUUUGAGGUCAUCAAAAUCUUAACUUAACAACCGAAAAUGUUUUCAAUUUUUAAAUAUGAUUUUUUUUUAAGAUUGCAGGCUGCCAUUUAAAAUGUUUGCUUUUGUUGUUAAUUCCUAGAACUGCCCUUGUAUUGGACUCCCUCCAUUGUUUGUCAGACAGUGUCAGCUGAUCAUGCACGGAUGUUGUUUUCCCUGCUGGCAUCAGAUGUUAAGAGAGUUGAAGCACCAAGUCACUGGAGUGGCUCAGUAGCCAAAUCUUAUUAUCUAGGUGCACCCACAGUGGAGAAUACUAACAGUAAGGAGACAGUAAUUGUUAUUCAAAGAUUAAAAUUGCAUCUUGCUAUGAAAAGAAAGGUUGUUCUAGAGAGAACAUCAAAAAUGCUGUUUUCUUGUAUAAAAAAAAUAUAAAAAUUAGCUAAGAUAAAAUCAAUUAUAAAUAAAGGCUGUUUCUGGCAAAACUUAGUAAAAAUAAGUUUAAAAUAAUCACAAUUUACAUAAAUAAAACAAUGUUGUUUUUUUUUAAAUAUUUUCAUAAAAAUUAUAAUUAACUUUGAAAUUAUAUUUAAUACUUAAUUAAAAUCUUUAUGGGGAUAUUUCAAUAAUCCAAUGAUAUGUCUUAUAGCUUCUUCUUCAGUGUCAAACAUUCGUGUUUCUGUGUUCAACAUCCCAAGCAGUAAAAAAAUAAAGAAUAUAAUAAGUACAAUACAAGGCAGAGAUGAGCCAGGUGAGGACACUCUUUAUAACUUAGAAGCACUGUUUACUCCUUGAUUUACAAUGAAUUAAUACAUGGGUUUAGGUAAGAAUUAUAAUUUCUGAUUUACCUACUUAUUAUUAUUUUGGAAUGUUUUUGUUUUUUCUCUCCUGGGAUUGCCCACCAGCAGCUUUAGGGCCGUUGUUGAACCCUGGGGUGGUAAGGAGGACUGGGGAUACCAUAGGUGUCUAGUUAGGUGAAAUUUAUUUGUGCAUCUACCCCAACUGCUUAGGAAUCUGUAGCAUAGUAGGUUGAUUACCAAGUGCUGAGUAAACUAUGAAAUAGUAGGGUGAUUGCCAAGUGCUUAGGAAACUAUGAAAUAAUUAAGUGAUUGCCAAGUUCUGAGUAAACUGUGACACAGUAGGGUGAAUGCCAAGUGCUUAGUAAACUAUGGCACAGUAGGGUGAUUACCAAGUGCUGAGUAAACUAUGAAAUAGUAGGAUGAUUACCAAGGGCUGAGUCAACUGUGACACAGUAUGGUGAUUGCCAAAUGCUGAGUCUGUUGUUUGGUGUGUGCUUCUCUACAGUACAUCUGUUAUGUACCGUUAUACGGUUAUUUAUAAGUUUUAUCAGUUUUAAGAUUUAUCUUUUUUGUUGAUCUGUAAAUUUUAUGUUUUAAGAUUUAGCUUUUUUGUUGAACAAUACGUAACAAAGGACUGAAAACCAGCAUACAAAGAAAAACUAUACCAAAGCUAGUGACAUUAACAAUAUUCAAUUUAAUAUACUAUUAAUUUUAAAUGAAAAACAAAAUUAAAUAUACAGAAAUAAAAACUAUAUUAACAUACAGCAUGGCAAGUGAAAAAGUAUAAUCCUCAAAAGAUACAAAUAUUAUUAUAUACACACACAAAGAGUAAAAUCUUUGUAAGGCUCCUAUUAAUAUAUUAUGUCUCACAAAUGUCUAGGAAAAUUUGCAAAAAUAUCUCUUGGCUGGGAAAACGCUGGCUCAUUUAUAGGGGGGGGGCUCAAAACCCCCCCCCCCCCCCCCCCCAAAAAAAAAAGGAAUUCUAGAAAUUGAAUCACCGGAUAGCAUUCUUUAGAACAUAAUAUAAUGUAUUCUAUUGUAAACAACUUUUUCCAAAUAAGGUGUGGGCAAUUUGUACAGCACUGCACAUUUAAUCAGUGACGUCAAUAUCUAAACAAAGUGGGGGUGGGUGGUAAGGUUGAAUGCCAUUGGCUUGUGAAAAAAAACAACUAAGUCAACACACAUGCUAUAACAACAUCCCUUUAGAAAAGAAAGUGAGUCAUUAUGUUUAUUAAGAGCUUCGAUGCUUGUACUACAGUUUUCCUUUGGUAGAUAUAUAGAAUAAUGGCUUUGAAUUACUGACAAGCCAUAAUUAUUCUAAAUUGAUUAUUAAAUGUAAAAAAAACAAAGAAACAGAGAAAAAUCACAAAAAAUUACUGAAUUCAAAUAUUAAAAUAACUUAACUUGACAAGUGCAUUGUUCAUUUUAAUGGGCGUGAUACCUAAAGAUGUAAAAAAAAAUUAAAAGUUAUGUUAAUACAAGUUUAGGAUAUUUCAGCUUUUUAUACUAUCAAGGGGUGUUAAAAUACAAGAAAAAGAAAAUUAAAUUAAUGAAUAAAGACUGAAUUUUGAUGGUAGGAAACAUAAUUUUGACCUUAUGAACAUAGCCUUUAAGAUAAUUGCUUCUAUUGGUAGAUCGUUAUAUUAUUGUGGGUGCACCACGUGCGGCACUCCCUGGCCAGCCACAAGAUGUUGUGGCAAGCUCUUCUCUUCUUAUACAACUGGCCAACAGUUUUCAUCAUGUUCACGCUCGCCAUCAGUGGAGGCCCAGUAGAGGUGUCAAACUCAUUUCUUGGGGAGGUUCUGAGUUCUCGAACAUGGGCCUCAUCCAAUACUUAAAGGUUCGUAGAGAAAAAAACCCUUAAAUUUUCAUCAUUUCAGUUACUUGUAUUUUCUCAAAUACAAUGUUAGCCCUACUUAGGUCAGAAUGUUGGGCAGAGUCUGUAAAACUAAAAUGCUGCAGUAUAUCAAAAACAACUAGUAUUGCCAGAAAACCAAAAGUAGAUAAUUAUUUUUCUUGUUUAAAUACUAUUGAAAUAUUAGAGAGUAAAAUUCUUUAUUAUUUAGUUUAUCUGUAUGUUUUUUUUUUGUGUGCGAGUUUAUCUGUAUUCUUCUUUUGGACAAAAAAAAAUAACAGGAAAGAAAAUAUUUUGAGAACUUACGUAAUCCAAUGAAUUGAAAGAUAAGAAAGUUUGUCAUGAAGAUAUUUAGAGAUACAAGAUAAUUCUCCAGCUUAUAGUUUUAGAACAGUGCAAAAAAAAAACUUUACAAAGUUAAAUGUUUUGUUCCUAGAUCACAUCUCUCUUUACUAUCAUUAAAUUGGAUUAGACAUUUGGGUCUCGGGUGGCAAAUUAUUAAUUAAAAUAAAAAAAUAGAAUUGUACUUAUUUUUCACAUCCUAUUUUUCAGAGCCACCUUUUCCAUGUUGAGAAAAAAGCUGUGGCUUACUUCGAUUUGUCUCAGUUGACAGUUGGAGAUAACUUCAUAGAGUCCCAGGCACCACCAGGACUUAGUCAUCUGAUCACAAGUGACAUGAAUAGUGUAAGUUUUCUUGUGAGAACCUUUGUUUGAGAGAUAACUCUUGAAUGCUACUGGUGGAACAUGAAAUGCAUUCAGAUUUAAUGCUCAAAGAUCAUACAUGAUAUACAAGAUGUGGUUGGGUUUGAAUCAAAACAAAUUUAAUACCUUAUACAUAAUGACAAAGGUUUUGAAAUGAAAUCUCUUUUUUGACAGUCAUGUUAAAGUCACUGGCAAUAAUUUGUGUAGCACUCUUUUUUCAAUAAUAUUUGCCCUAUAUUUCAAUACUGAAUCCAAAAGCAACAAGCUAUUUCCACAUUGCUUGUAACUGAAGAGCUGUGAUGCUUAUAAAUUAAGUAUCACAUUUUUCUACAUUGGUCUUACAAAUGUAUGGGAAUGUGCAAUUUAUCAAACUACAUAACAAUCCCCUUAACACCAAGGCUACAAACAUUGUGAAGAUUAGUACAUUUAUGGCAUACAUCAUUUCUAUUCUUAAAGGCAUAAAAAUGGUGAAUUAUAUAUAAAUAUCGUCAUAAGGAUUCCAAAGGCUGCAUAUUUCUUUGUCCUUAAGAAAAAGUAUUAAGUUAAAACGUGAAUUGUAUUACACUUUUAUUGGCAGGUGCCUGACCCAAAGACAGGGGAGUUUUUUAAUGUGGUCAGUGCUGACAACAGCAAUGGGGCUGAUCCUUACAAUGGGGAUAACUGUGAAAGUGCUCGCCAUCUUUUGCUGCACACAGUGGGUUUACAGACUGUAAAAGUUCAGUACAAAUCUGUAAGUUUUGUUUCUUUGAAGAUUGUCUCUGUCUGAGUGUUAACAGAUGAUUUUUUUUUUAUCAAACACCGAGUUAGCUGUCCUUGUCUUUAAUGAUUUAGAUUUUUUUAUGUAGGAUGUAAAUCCUUGCCAUUUAUACAAGCAUCCUUUUAAAGAAAGGAAAACUUAUCAACAAAAAUUGAUGUCGAGGUAUGACUGGUUUGAAUUGGUUAAAAUGAAGGGAGGGCUUAUGUUAAACUAUUUUGGUUGUCAAAAGAGCAAAGAAAUUGAGAAUAUUUCUUUUCUUGUGCAUGCUUGUAGGCUCCUGGUGUCCAAAAUUCAGUACUGAGAAUGUUAAAAGAGGAUCAAAGUCAUCACUUCAAGUAUCACAAAACAGUUGCACAUGUCCUUGUGAAAGUUCUGCUGGACAUGAUAGACGGCCAUGCUUUACCGAUCAACAUCCUCAGAGCUGCACAUCACAUUCAUGAAGUUGUUCUCAACACUUCAGAAGUCAUAGAUGAUUGCUCUGACAGUGAAGAGGAAUUUGGUGAGGGGUUUUAUUUUUAAAUUUUUUUAUGUUUGGAAUACAAAAGUUUUAUUUUAUGUUGCAUUCAAGUUGGCAAUGCAUACUUGCAACUUUUUUAAAAUGAAUGAAUUCUUUUUUGGUGGAUAGGAACAAAUCAAAAGUAUUUUUUCCAGCACUAUUGAAAUACUUUUGAUUUGUUCAUCUUUUUUGUACUGUGACAGCCUGUCACAGCAGAGUAGGUCACAUUUAUGAUCUCAAGUGAUGCAAUUAAAAGCAGCAUAGACAAGAAAUGUGUCCGUAUGUUAGCUGUUUUGAUUGGUGGGUAGUGCAGGGGCAUUAUUGCCUGAAUGGGUGUGGCAUGGUAUACAGCCCUAUCUUGUUGGAAGGCAUUACACUUGCUUUAACUCUGUUAUGAUAACCAUCAUCUUAGAACAAAUUUGUUUGAUGUUCAUUAAUUUGUAACUAAAACUUUAAAAGUUGUUGACAAUUUACAAUCCAAACAUUUAUAAAAUUAAACUAAUUUUUUUUAAUGUUCUCAUUACCAGCCCAUGCCCUGGAGCUAAGCGAAGACCUGAUCAAAGCUGCUGAGAUAUUCCAUGAAAUUGAACACCUCAUGAUAGAAAAAAUGGACAGUGUCAAAGUACGGAUCAUGAACGAUGCCAAAAUGCAUUUUGACCGUUUGUUUAUUGUACAAGAAAAUGGGUAAGACCUUUACAUUAACUUACAAUGCAUUAUUAAAUUUUUACAUUUUUUUUUAACCUUAAGUAAAAAUAUCUUUUGAAUGAACUAUUUACUUUUCAAUUAAUGGUAUAUUUUUCUAUCUUCAGUUUGUAUUAAAAUGAUUAAUGUACCUCCAAAAUUUGUUAAUACUUGUAUCAAUCAUUUUUAAAAAUUUUGUUUGAAGUCUUCUUAUAAAGAAAUUAUUUAAUUGAAUCCUUAAAGGAAUUCAGUAACUCACAACUAGGAAGACUUAAAUUUACUAAUGAUACAUCUUGUUUAGACCUACCUUUAAAUUAAAAAAAAAAAAUGGAAUUGAUCCUACCAUAAGGCAGUAAGCGGCCAUUCAAGUUAUUGAAUACUUUGUGGAUAGCUAAAAUUUCAACUUUUCCCCACAGUCCAUAGAUAACUUUGAAAAGGAGCUCUUUGAUAUUUAAUCUUGGAUUAUUUAAUGAGAUCUCUUUAUGCAAAAAACAUUUCCUGAGGCAUUUGAUAAUAACAUUUUUUGUUAAACCAAAAUGUAACAUAUUAGAUGCAUGUAUUUUUUUUUUUUUUACAGAUUUCUCCAAAACAUCUUGUACCCAACACAACAAGAUGGCAGCAUUGCCGUGGCAACAGAGCUGUGUGCCUUAGGGGAAGCCACUGAAAUUUGGAAUGCCACAGCCAGUUUUGAAGAGAAGUUGUCAGAGGCUCUUAGGAAAGUUUUGUCAUCCUUAAACAUCAGUGCUUAGUUUUUUUAUUGCUAUUAAUUUAAAACAUCUAAACUUUAAGUAUGCUCACAAAUGCAUUUUAAAAUGUAUAUCUUUUUUGUUAUUAUUUUUGCCAAAGAAAAUAAUUUUUGAUGAAUUUUUUUAUCAAACCAAAUGUCACUCAAAAAACGAUAACCCACAAUGGCUUUCGAAUUAAGAAAUCUUUUGAAUGUUGAAAAAGUUGUAUUAUGUUCUAAAUGUAACAGCUUAAGUUUAAUAUGCUUUGUAUGAAUGAAAGAAAAUUUUGCAGUGUUUUAAUUAAAUAAUUAUAAAUAAAAGUAGGCUUAUAUUAAAAUAAUAAUAUUUAUAGUGUUACUGCAGCAUAAUAAAUACUUCUUUCCCUAACCACUGUAACCUAAUGUUGCUGAAUACAUAUGCUUGUUGUUACCAAGGAAAAUUAUGCCAUUAUUUUAUUCAGUUUAAACCGAGCUGAACCAGAAAUAUAUAAAAUCCAAACUUGGAAUUCAUUUUUGAGGGAUAAUUUUUGUCUUUAAGGUGAAAUUUGUAGGUAUAAAAAUUAGACCAUUCUGAUUUUUUUUUUUUUUUU